UUGAGUUAACAUAAAGACACAAACAAAACAUAUAAGACAAAUAAAGACAACAUUUUUAGGGGGAAUGGAGCAGAAAUCUCAGGUGAACGCCAAGCGGGUGGCCGCCUUUCUCCGACGAACCCACGUGGCCCCUGUGUGCCGGGUUCAGUCCUCCACGGACCUCGAGGCCUGGCAAGCCUCGAAGGCGUACUUCGCCCUGAUCACGUACUUGAACGACGUGAGCACCCUGAUCCAGGGAGUUCGGAGCAGCGACACCUUUCCGGUCAGCCAGAACAUCCGCCGACUGACGGCCAUCUUCGACAAGCUGGACGACAUGAUCCAGGCCAAUCCGCCGGCGCCCGCGAACCCUGCACCCAAAUCCAGUGUCUCCUUGGAGCCGGGCAACAAGAGCUACAGGCGCUGGGCGCACUGCAUGCUGAGGGACAUCUACCAGAUGGUGGAGAAGGCGGUGCCGCCCUCCAAGUGCAGGCACGUGAACGAAUUGGGGGCGUACUUGUCGGGGGCCUUCGGCAGCUCCACCAAAAUCGAGUACGGAACAAGCCACGAGCUGAGCUUCCUCUUCUUCGUGUGCGCCCUCUUCAAGGCGGAGAUCCUGGAUCGGGAGGAGGACCUGGCCGCCUCGGCGCUGAUUCUCUUCGAUCGCUAUCUGAAGUUCGUGCGCCGGCUGCAGGUCACUUACUCGGUGACCUCGUCCAAUUGGCAUGGCGGCUAUUCCCUGGACAAGUUCCAGUUCGUGCCGUUCAUCUGGGGAUUCGCCCAGCUCUGCCACGAGGCGCCCUUCUCCCCCCGGAAAAUGCUGGACGAGCAGACGAUCGAGCAGUACAAGCGGGAGUUCCUGCUGAUCGACUGCGUGGCCCACAUGGCGAACACCUACAUCGGCACCUUCGCCCGCCACUCCAGCCAACUGUGGAGCCUGGCCGCCCUGUCCUCGUGGACGAAGUGCCACCGCGGCCUGAUGCUCAUGUACAUGGACGACAUUCUCCUGGACAUCGACAACCUGAACGCCCUGCGGUUCGGCGAACUGAUGUCCUUCGAGGAGGACAAGUCUGGCCGGCCUCUGGGCAACGCCCGCCUGGGGGUCAUGUCUCCACUGCGCCGGAAACUGGCGGGGGACCAGGAGGAUCAGGACCAGGACCAAGAUACGACCAGCACAGGUGUCACUCCCUCGAUAUCCAGGUCGGAGCUGGAAGCAGAAGCCAAAAAGAAGCCCAAGCUGGACGAAGCACUCAGCGACGGCAUGUCCAACAGCGGUCUGUCCAUGGGCAGCGAGUGGUCCUCCCUCAGCGGCGUGAGUGUCCAUCUGCCCACUUGGGUCAACGACGCCCCGAGUGCCAGCAAGCACGCGUUCAAGAACUAAGUAGCUCGUCUGGGAGCUCGUUAUUAAACAAACAUAAACAUACCAUUAAACAUAAACUGCUACAUCGAUCUUCCUUAUUCUUUGUUCACAAAAAAGAACAUUGCAAAAUUGCUCAGCAUUUUGAAUAAGUGAACCAGAUUCUAGAGAAAAAUAUGCAGCGAUUGGCGUUUUAAAAUAUAAUAUAAUAAAACUUGCACAUUUGUUAAAUUCAAA